GCUACUCUUUUACUCUUAUUUGACAGAGGUUGACAACUUGAGUUUUUCUUGCAGGUUAAAAACAUUUCUUUGUAAAGGUAGAUCUCGAAACACAACAAAGCAUGUCGGAAAAUAGAGAAGAAAUCUUAGCAGACUUUCAGGCAUGUACUGGUAUUGAAGACGUCGCCGAAGCUAUAUAUCACCUUGAUGAGACGAACUGGGACCUUUUGCGAGCAGUUAGCAGAGUCAUGCCGCCUGACACCCAGUCUUUUCAACCAAGAUCUGAUCCUGAUGUUAUGGUAGUAGAAGAUGAUGGUAAUCUUUCAUCAGUGCCCUUAGAACAGGCAACAGAUAUGAUGGAAGUUGGAAAUAAUGUUGGACAUCCACGGCCAAAGAAGCCCUCUCCCGAAAACAGUAUCCGCAAUCAAGACAGUUAUCCCUCAACUUCAGGUAGUAGUGGAAAUGAAAGAAUGCUCAAAUUUAACAUCACGUACUGUGAUAGGGUGAUCAAAAUCGAAUUACCAGAGAGUGGUACAGUCAAUGAUUUAAAAAUAAGACUGCAAAAAGAAUUAAAAAUUGCUCCCUGUAGACAGUUGCUAUCGAACUGGGCAAGGUUGGUUCAGUAUGAAAACACACCUUUUUCAAAAUUAAAAUUACCAGAUGAGAACUCUCUCCAUCUAACAAUAAAACAAAAUGACGGAGGUUUUACAGCUGAUGAUGAAAACUCUGUAACGGAAAAGUUAAGUGGCACAUACACUCUCAAUAUCAAAUUUGAAGGUAAAACCUAUAACCUCAAAUAUCAGGGUACCAAAACAAUCUUGGAGGUAAAGGGUGAUUUUUAUACUUUAACAAAUGUUCAUGUCCGAAAUCAAAUCUGGAGUGGGUGGCCCCCCAAUAUAGAUGAUAACACUGUGUUAGCCCUAUCAGGGAUAAAUUAUCCUGAACAUGAUUUGACAGUACGCCGAAACUUACAAGCUAAUCAUAACAAAGAAAAGAAGAAUUUACAAAUAGUUCAGAUAGAUAGUGAUGAUGACGAGUUUGAGGAUGCAUCGGAAAGUUUUACUGUAGAUGAUGACUAUUUUGUUGACAAUGAUGUUACUACAAAAAGAACUGAACCAUUGAUUCCAGAUAACAUUGAGGAUGAAAUUGUCGGAAGCAUAACAUUUGCUGAAAAUUUUACAACACGCUAUGGCCACAUACAUCCUGCUUUCUACCAGGGUACUCUUGAAGAUGCCAUUAAGGAAGCCUGCGCCAAACCUGCUAAAGAUAGAAAAAUCUUAGCCAUCUACCUGCACCACGAUGCAAGUGUCUUAACGAAUGUGUUCUGCACCCAAUUGUUGGGGUUCGAGAGUGUCAUGCAAAUGUUCGAGAAUAAUUUUAUUCUGUGGGGAUGGGACAUAACUUUCGAGAGCAAUCGUACUAAACUACAGCAGUCGGUGAACAACUGCCUUGGCUCCACUGCAGCCAUGAGUCUGCGCAACAUACCCGUCGAUCGUUUGCCUGCCAUUGUCCUCAUUAUGAAAAUUAGAUCGACCACAGAAAUUUUUAAUGUAGUUAAUGGAAACGUGGGUGUAAAUGAACUUUUAUCGAGUCUUAUAGAAUGUGUGGAAGUAUUCACUGAACACCAACGUGUGGAGAUAAAUGAGGAGCAAGAACGUGCUGAGCGAGAACUUGUCAAACUAGAACAGGAUUUAGCGUACCGCGAGAGUUUAGCAGCAGAUAGGGCUAAGGAGGAAGCGAAAAGAAUGCAGGAGCAAGCCGAAACGGAAGCAAGGCAGAGGUUGGAGAGCGAAAAAGCGGAAACAGAAGCUAAAAAAGAGGCGCACCGUAAAAAAGUCGAGGCUAGUUUACCGCCAGAGCCUCCUCUGGACCAGGGGGAUAACAUUACUAAGAUAAAGGUUAGGUUACCUAAGGGGGAGUACAUUGAGAGAAGAUUUCAAGCCAAUACACCGCUUAAGGUGCUUUUAGACUUUUUAAUAGUGAAAGGUUAUCCAACUGAGGAAUACAAAGUUAUAUCUAGUUGGCCUAGAAGAGAUUUAACCGCACUGGACACAAAUCAGACUUUGAAGGAGUUGAAAUUAUGUCCACAAGAAACUGUGAUAUUAGAGGAACGAUAAUUUCUGUCACAUUCCCUAAUGAAGGGUUAGAUUUUUAUAACAGCAUUUAAACGAUGUAAAGUUAUUUAAUAUAUAUUUUUAAUUUCACUUAGUAUUAAUAAUUUAAAUGUAAUCCAUGUAAUUAAUAAUAAAUAUACA